CUCUGGCCGCCUCUGAGCCCCUCGCUAGUCACCACUAGUCACCCAGCAGCAUUCAGGCGAAGUGGGUCUCGCGGUUCUCCAGUUGGAUUUAUAUUGUCGUCACGUCGAGCCACGAGCAACCUUGAGUGCAUCAUGGCAUCCGUAUGCAUCAUCGGUUCCGGCAACUGGGGAUCGGCUAUCGCAAAGAUAGUCGGCGCGAACGCGGAGAAGCAGAGCAAAUUCGCCGAUCGCGUUACUAUGUAUGUUUACGAAGAGAUUAUUAAUGGGAAAAAAUUGACAGAAAUCAUCAACGAGACCCACGAGAAUAUCAAAUAUCUUCCUGGACACAAAAUUCCUGAGAAUGUGAUCGCAGUACCCGAUGUAAUAGAAGCUGCAAAAGAUGCAGACAUACUCAUCUUCGUUGUGCCGCAUCAAUUCAUUCGAAGGAUAUGCAGCACGUUGCAGGGGAAGAUCAAAUCCACCGCUGUUGGCCUUUCCUUGAUCAAAGGUUUUGACAAAAAAGAAGGAGGUGGCAUCGAGCUUAUCUCUCACAUAAUUUCAAGACAACUACAGAUUCCUGUUUCGGUCUUGAUGGGCGCUAACUUGGCUUCUGAAGUGGCGGAGGAGAUGUUCUGCGAGACCACUAUUGGAUGCAAGGACAAAGCGAUGGCGCCGAUACUCCGUGACCUGAUUCAAACUUCGUAUUUCAGGGUAGUAGUUGUCGAAGAUGUAGAUUCCGUGGAAUGUUGCGGAGCGCUGAAGAAUAUAGUUGCCUGCGGUGCUGGUUUCGUCGACGGAUUGGGUUUAGGUGAUAACACGAAAGCCGCCGUAAUCAGACUAGGUCUUAUGGAAAUGAUAAAAUUUGUCGACGUGUUCUUCCCGGGCGGAAAACUGGCGACAUUCUUCGAAAGUUGUGGAGUAGCAGAUUUGAUUACGACAUGUUACGGUGGACGCAACAGGAAAGUCUCGGAAGCCUUUGUCAAAACCGGCAAAUCGAUUGAGACGUUAGAGAAGGAAAUGCUAAACGGGCAGAAGCUACAGGGUCCGUUCACCGCUGAGGAGGUGAACUACAUGUUGAAAUCGAGGAAUAUGGAAAGUAGGUUCCCACUAUUCACGGCGAUUCACCGGAUUUGCGUCGGUGAGCUAAAACCGACGGAUUUAAUCGACUGCAUACGCAGCCAUCCGGAACACAUGAAUGAAGACGCUCCGCUGUCAUCGUCGUCGUCGACAACGCUGAAGUCGCCCUUAAGCCACCUGUGAAAUAUCAACCCAGUAUUAAUCAUCGACAGAAGACUCAACGCCGCUUGAAAGUCAACGUCAUAGUUUGCUCGAAAGCGCGACGUUGAAAGAAGUUCAUCGAAUUCAGUUGUCAAACCGCAGUGAAGUCCAAUUGCUGGAAAUCGUGUAUUUCCAAUAUAUUGACACGGUAGUUGUCGUAUUAUGUUCUUUUUGUAUCGUCUAAGAAAAUGUUACUUAAUCAGAUGAGCUCAUUCUUUCGUCGAUAGCUUAAAGAAUGUUUCAUCGAUUAACAUAAUGAACAAAAUGAACAAAUCUAAAAGGCUCAUCAAGAUGGUCGGUGCAUCCUAAGGACGCUCGAUACAGCUGUGAUAGUUAAUAGACUGUCCAGGUCAUAAAAUGGAUAUAAUUUCGUCAUUUUUGAUUAUUGAUAAUCGUAAUAUACUUGCGUAUGGCAAAACUUUAUUUACAUUUUUCUAAUAAUAACUAAGAAUUUCUUCUAUCUAUAGUUACAUUAUUCAAACGAAAUUGUAGGAAAAAACUGAACAUUUUUUUAUGGAAUCAUUGCUUUUUUAAGGAGUCGUCCUAUAUUUUAGCGUAAGAUUAUGAGUACUAUAAAGCGUCUGUUAUAUAUUAUUAAGAUUAUCGUAUUUGUAAUCGAAAAUUAUUUUGGUAAAAGAUGAAGCGAUUUGUAAACAUA